AGGAGUUUUCUUUCUGCUCCAGGUGGAUACAGAACCCCUGAUAUCGGUCUUGACAAUGCAGAUUAGCCCUGUGCUGAUCACAUGCACUCUCCCAAAAAAAAACAAAAAACUUUCUAGCCAUACACACCAAACUAAGCAUGUUCAGAGUGUCUCCACACUGUUAUCAGGAGCUAGGAGGGAGACGCUGGAAGGGGAGGAUCAGAGAAGAUAGGAUCAAAUAGUGUUUUUACACAAUGCAGAGGAUUAACCCCUUAGGUUCCACAGUGAGUAUAACAAGCAUGCUUUUCUGCAUAUACAGACUGAUUUUACGGUUGUGGGUUUAGUAACACUUU